GGCGCCGCACGGGCGGUUUGCGCAGGCGCACUCGGAGCCUCCCAGCAGCUCCCGGCGGCCCCGCCCCCGCCCGCGGCCGCGGAGGAGGCGGAGGGGGAUGACGUCAUUGAGCAGGGCGACGGGCAUUGGGCGCCAUUUUGAAAAGGGAAAAAAAUCCCUCCCCGGCGCUGGCGGCGGCGGCCAGGCUGAGGUGCUCCUGCGGCAGCUGCGCUGCGGCCGCCUCCUCCGUCCGCCGCCGCCUCGGCGCCCGCCAGCCCCUGGCCGGCCAUGGCAGGAGCCGGAGGCGGCGGCUGCCCCGCGGGCGGCAACGACUUGCAGUGGUGCUUCUCGCAGGUCAAGGGGGCCAUCGACGAGGACGUGGCCGAAGGGAGUUGAGAGAAGAAGAUGGGCACCUCCCCGGGUCCCCCACCCUUACCGGAGUCUGCAGUGGGUUCCUAGGGGCUGCUGGGCGUGCUGCACAGCUUCUGAGGAUGGGCAGAUACUUGCUGACAUCAUCUCAACUGUUGAAUUUAAUUACUCUGGAGAUCUUCUUGCAACAGGAGACAAGGGCGGCAGAGUUGUUAUUUUUCAGCGGGAACAAGAGAAUAAAAGCCGCCCUCAUUCUAGGGGAGAAUAUAAUGUUUACAGUACCUUUCAAAGUCAUGAACCAGAGUUUGACUAUUUGAAAAGUCUAGAAAUUGAGGAAAAAAUUAAUAAAAUUAGGUGGUUACCACAACAGAAUGCUGCUCAUUUUCUACUCUCUACAAACGAUAAAACUAUUAAAUUAUGGAAAAUAAGUGAACGGGAUAAAAGAGCAGAAGGUUAUAACUUGAAAGAUGAAGACGGACGCCUUCGAGACCCGUUUAGACUCACAGCACUGCGGGUCCCAAUAUUGAAGCCCAUGGACCUUAUGGUGGAAGCAAGUCCACGACGGAUUUUUGCAAAUGCUCACACGUAUCAUAUAAAUUCCAUCUCAGUAAACAGUGACCAUGAAACGUAUCUUUCCGCCGACGACCUGAGAAUUAACCUGUGGCAUUUAGAAAUCACGGACAGAAGUUUCAACAUCGUGGACAUCAAGCCCGCAAACAUGGAGGAGCUGACGGAGGUGAUCACUGCGGCCGAGUUCCACCCACAUCAGUGUAACGUGUUUGUCUACAGCAGCAGCAAGGGAACCAUCAGGCUGUGUGACAUGCGCUCCUCAGCCCUGUGCGACAGACACUCUAAGUCCGUAAAGAAGAGGCCCCACUUUAUAGAAAACCAGUGUGCGUGCCGUGGGUGUGUAACGUACGUCCUGGAAACUGCACACGGGUCCCGGGAGUGCCACCAGGUGACGCCGUAUCUGCUCCCUGGGCUGGGGACGCCGCGGGCAGGACGUGGUCUGCUGGGGCCUGGUGCUGCGAGGACACACAGACAUGGUGCAGUCGUGGCCUGCGGUCGGCGCAGGGACCUUAAGCAGGACACAGUUUUUGAAGAACCUGAAGAUCCCAGCAGCAGAUCCUUCUUCUCAGAAAUCAUUUCCUCCAUCUCCGACGUGAAAUUCAGUCACAGCGGUCGGUACAUGAUGACCCGAGACUACCUGUCGGUGAAGGUGUGGGACCUGAACAUGGAGAGCCGGCCGGUCGAGACCCACCAGGUCCACGAGUACCUUCGAAGCAAGCUGUGCUCUCUGUACGAAAAUGACUGCAUCUUUGACAAGUUUGAAUGCUGCUGGAGCGGUUCAGACAGCGCAAUCAUGACUGGGUCCUACAACAACUUCUUCAGAAUGUUUGAUAGAAACACGCGGAGGGACGUUACCCUGGAAGCUUCCAGAGAGAACAGCAAGCCUCGCGCCAGCCUGAAGCCUCGGAAGGUGUGCACAGGCGGGAAGAGGAAAAAGGACGAGAUCAGCGUGGACAGCCUGGACUUCAACAAGAAGAUCCUGCACACGGCCUGGCACCCGGCGGGCAACGUCAUCGCCGUGGCCGCCACCAACAACUUGUACAUCUUCCAGGACAAGGUCAACUAGCCGUGGGUGCGCACACAGCUAAGCCUGGCCGUUUUCUGUCGAGGGAGGGCGCUGUCCUCCCCACGGAGAGCAGGGUGCACUUCCGUCCCCUCUGAGACGGGGGCGGGCGGCCUCAGCGGAGCCAGCGUGCCUCUGCCCGCAGCGGGGAGGCCGUGGGGGUCGCUGCCCGGCCAGGAGCCGCUCGGAACAGACUUGACGGAUAGAGCUCAGUCGAGGCCUUUGCUCAAAAUAAAUGUAUUUAUUUAAAUCUGAGCCGUCCUUCCCGGUUUAUAGACCAAAACGUUAACACCCAAGAGAACAGGUGUUGUCAGGUCUCUAGUCUCGUCCUGCUCUGCCGUCUGGGGCCCACAUGCAGCUGCAUCUGCGCCGGCCACCCUGACCUGGGGCCACCAGCCCAGGCAGCUCCCCACAUGCCUGUACGGCCCUCACGCCGGGUGUGACCACUCAGUGAAGGCGACACUGCACAGUGUCUGAAAUCCCCACCUGAGCGUCGUCUGUUUGCUUUGACUGCACAUCAUGAGUCAUGAGGCUGGUGCUCCAGGGCGCUUGGGAGCCUUGUCCUUCGAUGGCAGAGCGGUGGCACCUGCGCAGUUCUGCAGACUUGAGUGCGCCUGUCCCCACACGCCCACUUUGUGUCUGUGAAGCAGCACGCCCGACAUGCCAGGUAAGGUCUGGGGAACGCCUUAACUGACCACCUCCGAGAAAGACAACUGCACCGAACGGGACAGAAGUGCUUCUGUGAAACCAGCUCCUGCUUUGCCGUGUGCAGAACUCGCUGCGGUUGCAAAUUUACGUGCUUCCUUUUAACUUCUUAAACAGGCCUGGAGGGGUAUACUUUUUAAACUUGAUAACACGAUCUGCAUGCCCAUUUUCCUACUGCACUUCAAGCCAGUGAAAGUAAACCACUUCAGCUGGGGUGUGAUGCCACCGGGACAAGGCGGACCCUCGAGGUCAGAGCUCUGGAUUCCCAGACAAGCUGUAGAGGCGUCACAGCACCAAGUGGCCGGACCGCGCCGUGUGGAGAGGCCCGUGAGCCCAGUGUCGGGCAGGGGAGCCGCUCGCACCCCAGGUGUGCCCGUCACUCGGCACCCUGAGUUAAUGUCGCCAGAAUGCCACGUUGGUUCACAUUAAGUUACAAACUGAGCACCUAAAAUACAUUUAUUUUAAUUUAAAGACGAUUCUUACACUGUAUCUUAGUUGUGACACGGUUUACACAUCUAAGAUGUGGAUCAGAGUUGUUUAAGCAUCAGUCAGUCCUGGUCCUUAAGGAAAAGCAGUUCUAGUAAAACAGGAUUGUAUAUAUUUAUUUGUUCAACUAUUUUGACCAAAAAGUUUAAUAAAUUUUAAUUGUUUAACUGGA